ACGUCCAAGGUAAUUUUGAAGAAAUUUGCGAUAAAUUCACCAAAGUUUGUGAUAUUAUGUCGGUGCAUACGAUCCCGCUGGUUACACCUUUCAUCCGAGGCCCGAGAUUCCCGUACAGAAAGAGCAAGUCGCCGUUCUUUCCCGGCGUGGAGGAGGCGGCGGUGGCGGGCGGCGCCGCCGGCGCCGGCUCGCCGGCGGGGCCCGACCAGGCUCAGGAUGUCGUCUCGAGGCUCAGCGCUGCCGGUCUUUCGAUGUGCGUGAGUGCACUCGGCUCGCCGGCGCGGUCGUCGCCGGUCUCCGCCGGUUCGGAGCACGGCGAACGGUUCAGCCGGAAAGUGUUUGUCGGCGGGCUGCCGCCAGAUAUUGAUGAAGACGAGAUAACGUCGUCAUUCCGGCGCUUCGGUCCGCUGGUGGUGGACUGGCCCCACAAAGCGGAGAGCAAGAGCUACUUCCCGCCGAAGGGCUACGCGUUUCUACUCUUUCAGGACGAGAGCUCCGUAGCGGCGCUGAUGGAAGCCUGCAUAACCGACGAAGACAAGCUCUAUCUGUGCGUGUCGUCGCCCACCAUCCGCGACAAGCCGGUGCAGAUCCGGCCGUGGAAGCUGGCGGACGCGGACUUCGUGCUGGACGCCAGCAUGCCGCUCGAUCCGCGCAAGACUGUCUUCGUGGGUGGCGUGCCGCGCCCGCUGAAAGCUGUGGAGCUGGCGAUGAUAAUGGACCGGCUGUACGGCGGCGUGUGCUAUGCUGGCAUCGACACCGACCCCGAGCUCAAGUAUCCUAAGGGCGCGGGUCGCGUGGCGUUCUCGAACCAGCAGUCUUACAUCGCGGCCAUUUCUGCGCGCUUCGUCCAGUUGCAACACGGCGACAUCGACAAGCGUGUUGAGGUGAAGCCAUACGUGCUGGACGACCAGAUGUGCGACGAGUGCGCGGGCGCGCGCUGCGGGUCCAAGUUCGCGCCGUUCUUCUGCGCGAACGUCACCUGCCUCCAGGACGAUUACCACCUCUGA